AUGUUGGUUUCUGGAGUUUCUGGUGAGGGAAGUGGUGUGACAAUCGAGGGAUCGGCUCCCGUUGCAACCCCUCCUGCUGCAGAGACCAAGGCUGCAGCUGCUGAGGAUGAUGACGAUGAUGAUGUGGAUUUGUUUGGUGAGGAGACCGAGGAAGAGAAGAAAGCUGCGGAGGAACGUGCAGCUGCUGUCAAGGCUUCCUCAAAGAAGAAAGAAUCUGGUAAGUCAUCAGUCUUGAUGGAUGUAAAACCAUGGGAUGAUGAGACUGACAUGAAAAAGCUUGAAGAAGCUGUUAGAAGUGUGCAGAUGGAGGGUCUUCUCUGGGGAGCUUCUAAACUCGUCCCGGUUGGAUAUGGAAUCAAGAAAUUGCAGAUUAUGAUUACCAUUGUGGACGAUUUGGUCUCUGUUGAUAACCUCAUUGAGGACUAUCUUACAGCCGAACCAAUCAAUGAGUAUGUCCAGAGUGUCGACAUUGUGGCCUUCAACAAAAUAUGUAAGUAA